UAAUAUUCUAUUUACGCACAUUGCCUGUGUUCUCAGACGGGGUCCAGACAAUGGCAGCCUACGAAGUUGCCGUAGACCCGCUUGAGCUGUAUCAAUUAUCGCCUAGGAUUAACGUGAUGGGAAUAAUCAAGGCAUUCGAGGAUCGUUGCUUCGCUGUAUAUCGACGAUUACGCACGGAUCCGCAAUGCCAUCCAAAAUUGCACGAUUACGUGCGAUCUUUCGAUCUCAACCGAGAGGAUUUUAUACGUUACAUGAUAUUGCAUUGCUUCCAACCGGAAUAUGAGUACUAUGCGUACGAACUGACGCUGAUAUUCUUCUACCACUUUGGUUGGGAGAACAAGAUGAUGGCAUACGAAAACGUAAUACGCAUCACCGCCGAGGCAUUGCAGAUUGCUCUGUUAUACGAGGACCAUUUUCCCAAGCAUACGUUCACUACGUCUCUAUACGCCGUCGUGCAGUUCUGCAAGAUCUUCGAAAGUAACAUGCUCGAAAAUUAUAAGGCGAUUCGCCAUAUCCUGCUAAAGACGCUGUCCUCUAUAAAACUUACGGUUAACAGGACGUACUACCGCAACGCCUACGAUCUUUUCCUCAAUUCUAUUCGAGUUUUGGAUCCGCACAUGUUGAGAACGACGUACUACUCAAAGAUCUACGACUAUGUUUUCGUGUACAUUUAUACUGUACACCCUAAGACAUGUGUGGCCCAACAAAACGACUGCAUUUGUUGUAAAAGUAUGUACUGCAAGUAUCAUGAUUCGCUUAUUCAGAAGAAACUUGCUGCAAGACAAAAAUUGAUGUACAACGCAUAUUUGUUCAUACGCGAAUGCUUGAAGAUAAGCAUCCCAGUGAUAUACAAUUCUUUCGACCGACUACAGCAAAAGUUAUGCCAGACAGAUUAGAUUUAAAAAACAUGUGAAGGAAGUAUCUACAUAUCUAUUUUCCGUAAUUUUAUAUGAAACAGGACGGCACUAUCUUUUUCUCAACGAUACUGUCUGCUUUGAUCAAAAUAUAUCUUGUUUUAAUCUGUACUAAUGUAGAUAUUCUGUGAAGUGUUUUAUAACAAUGAUUUUCUGCAUUUGAAAUCAAAAGGAACUGAUGCUUUCUUAGUUUCCUAUUAAUAACUACAUUUUAGUCCGAUUAUUUUGUA